UUUACUCCAACAAACUCCAUCCAAUAUACAUGUUAUUGAGGCUUGCUGCCGCGCCAAGACUCUUUGCAUUGAAACGUCCAGGAUUCGUCUGUCGCAAUCAGUUUCGUAAUGUAUCGACCAAGCUAGGCCUUCGACAAGCUUUGCCACCGGAUUCUAGUUUUGGGCCGGAGCACACGCCGCCCCAGAAAGAUGAAAUAUCUGACCAGGAGUGGAAUUUACGGACAGGUCGUGCUAUCACUGUUCUUCAGCAGACUUUGCCAGAAUUCUUCAAGACAGGACUCAUUACAUCUAUCAAUGAUGCGACAGGACAUCUAACUUCGUCUUCUAUACACUCAGAGCAGCAGCAUAUAUACAGUCCGAAAAUACGGUUGUCGUAUACUCCACCGGUGCAGCUGCCUUCGCCCUUUCCACAGACUCUUCAUGUAGAAGGUCUUCCUCUUUACCUUGCUUCAUCGGCCUUUGUUCGACACACGCUCAAUGCGUUGUACUCUGAUCUCCAACUCACGUUGCAAAAGUUCUCCGUUGACAGUCCGCGUGCUACUGUUCCACAUAGCGAACCCUCUGGCGAAGUUCGGAAAAGUCGUGAUAAGCACCUUACUGUCUUGUUUCGUGUAAACGGAAUAGCGAGAGUUAGUGGGAGUGAGGGCGUGUGGGACGUGCACUCGACAUACACGUUUUCACCACUGUCCGGCCUGAUUCACAUCCAUUCCAUCAAUUCCAUUGAACCUUCUCCUCAUCUGGCCGUAUAUGACACGCUGAGAUCCAGUUUGGGUGGGAUGUUUGGAUGGGGAGGCAAGGCCGGACCGGCAGCAUGCCAUGAUAUCAACGAAGGCUCUGCUAAAACACAUCCAGGAUCGCAUUAGACAUUUUUUUCUUCAAUCCUGUAAUGUAUUGUAAGAUUGUUCUUAUUCUGUUUUCCCUUGCACUUAUACAUAUGCAAUAGAUACACGUUGUACCAUAAAUGUAGCCCAACUCAAACGUAUCACUUCAUCUUUGGCUUAUGUCCUUUAUGCAUAUCCUGAUCACAGGGCUAUUUGCAUCACACAGCUCCUAACUGUGUCGCAGAUGCUGCAGGUUAUUUUUACAACGCCAGUGUCGGGAAGAUCUUUGAUGUGAUGGCGACUCUCCUCACAUCGAUCACUUUGCCUGGCAUCGACGAUGUUCAAGUAUCUGAUUCGAUGUCGCCUCGUGUGCACCUUGGUUCGGCUAACUGAUUACUACGAUGACUAUGCUGAACCUGAAUCUCCUCAGUGUAUUUUUUGCUGUGCUGUACAAAGAAGACAAUUAUACCCCAAGUGCAAUACAGUCUCUGCAUCA